UGAGUUCGGCGCGCGCGGAGGUUUACCACUGCUCCCGCUACGAUAUAUUGCUGGCUAGCUGAAUGAAUCGCUAAUUCCUUUGUCUACACGAUAAUUGCAGCGAUCACUUUGUUAGAAAGAGUGUGCGAUAAGGCCGUGACCUUCGCUUAAGCAGAAUGCCGAGAGAUGAUGAGGAGCCAAUUGUUGGCGGCGAUGAUGAGGCGCUGGAAACCGCAGUGCUGGCCCCACCCACCAGUCGGAUUUUCGGUAGAUGGCUAAAACGACCCCGCUCGCUGAUUCUAGAGCCAGCCGUAUUUCUGGUUUUCUUUGGCAGAUUCCUAACAGAUGCUGUCUAUCAGAACCAGAUACUCUACCAAACCUGCGUCACGGUCAUGAAAUAUAAUGCAACCGAAUGCGAGCCAUUUCUCGGUACGGAUCGUGCCUCCGAUGAGGUUAAGAAGAUCGAGGGGCAAGUUCAGGAGUAUGCCUCUACCAUCACGAUGAUAAGCUCAAUGCUCGAGAGCACAGUGCCCGCAAUAGUAAGCCUUUUCCUGGGACCCUGGUCGGAUAAAUUCGGCAGAAGACCCAUCCUGCUGUCCACAUUUACAGGCUUCUUCGUCAGUGCCAUUAUUCUAGUAGUUCUUACACAAAUAACUACGGCCACCAAUAUCAGUCCCUGGUGGUUCCUCUUGUCCUCCGUGCCAUCGGUGUUUAGUGGAGGCACUUGCGCCCUCAUCACCAUUCUCUACUGCCACGUAUCCGAUGUGGCCACCGAGGAUAAGCGAGCCAUGAGAAUGGUGACAAUGGAAGCUGCCCUAGGUUUGGGUAUGAUGGCAGGCGGAGUGGCUAGUGGAUAUAUCUAUGCCGCCACCGGAGCCUCAACACUUUUUAUCUUGGUCGGUUCCAUCAUCUCUGUGGCGCUAUUCUACGUAUACUUCUUUGUGCCAGAGAGUCUCAAGUCUGAAGAUUUGCAAACUGGGUCCCGCAUUCGAGAGUUUUUCCGUCUUGACCUGGUGAAGGUUCUAGUAAAGACCUGCAUUAGGAAACGCGAGAAUUACGAUCGGGCUAUCAUCUGGUUUGUUAUCAUGUCGCUGACUUUGAGCGUUUUUGCUAUGGAGGGCGAGUCCACAGUGAACUACAUGUUCAUGCGGAAGCAGUUUGACUACACAGUCCAGGAUUACAGCGUUUUUAACGCGGCAAGGGUCGUCAUCCAAGUGGUGGGGAGCACCAUUGCCAUGAUCCUGCUGCGUCGUCUUCUGGGAAUGUCCACCAUCAUGAUGACGCUCCUGGCAUUCGCCUGCUGCGUCCUAGAAAGCACGGUCAGGGCCACGGCCGUAUAUGGUAGCGAGAUGUACUUGGCCCUGAUUCUGGGCAUGAUGCGAGGAGUUAUGUCGCCAAUGUGCAAGGCCAUCCUUUCGCACGUGACUCCCAGCUCGGAAUUGGGUAAAAUAUUCUCCCUAACCACUUCCCUGCAGUCCAUAUCACCCCUGGGAGCUGCACCUCUUUAUACGGCCGUAUACCAAGCCACAGUUAACUUUUACCCGGGCAUCUUCAAUUUCAUCAGCGUAGGACUGUACUUCCUGUGCUACUGCAUGUCGGCGGCGGUCUUCGGCAUUCAAAAAUCUAUGGGCAGAGACAGUGCUUACCAGGCUAUAGGAAGUUGACCUACUUAUGAAGUUAUUUGAAUAGAACCUACAAAUAUUGUACAAUUGUAACCAUUCAAAAGCCAGUGUAUCAAGAAGUUUUCUAGUUCGUUUAAAAGUAUUAUAUAAAUAUUUUCUUAGGCUAGGCCUAGUUAAAUGUAAAUAUUAAGAUUUAGUGUAGGACUUUUUGAUUGUACCAUUUAAUAUUUACCAAAGAUUAAGUUCUAAACUACAAUGCAGAACUUUUUAAACUAAACGGAAAGUAAAAUACCUUCGAGCCUCUAUGGAAAGUGUCCAAAAGUGUUGCUUACGAAAAAACAUACUGUUGCUUGGCUCCUCCCAUCUUUAUUUUAUUCAGAAUUUUUGUCUAAUAUUCAAUAUGGUGGGAAAACCACUUUUUUCAAUUUGUGGUCGUUGGAGUGCAGUAAGAAUUAUUUAUGAUAAGAAAUGACUCAGAUCCAUGUUUUUCUUUCAUUUAAUAAAUUGUUAAAAAUUCUUUGAAACCAAA